CUCGUCCUUUUCCGUCUCGUCCAUCAACCGAAAUGAGUAAAAUUACCCGUGAUUCGUUGUUGGAGGCCAUUGAGCAAGUGGUGGCAUACACUAAAGACAAACCUCGCAAGUUUACUCAGACGAUUGAACUUCAAAUAUCCCUGAAGAAUUAUGAUCCACAAAAGGACAAGCGUUUCUCUGGAACCGUGAAACUCAAAAACAUCCCUCGCCCCAAGAUGACUGUGUGCGUACUGGGAGAUCAGCAGCAUAUGGAUGAGGCCAAGGCUAAUGGCAUUGAGUGCAUGGAUGUUGAGGCACUCAAGAAACUUAACAAAAACAAGAAGUUGGUGAAGAAAUUAGCCAAGAAGUACAGUGCUUUCAUGGCCUCAGACUCCUUGAUCAAGCAGAUCCCUCGUAUCCUUGGACCUGGUUUGAACAAAGCUGGCAAGUUCCCUACCCUUCUCACUCACCAGGACAACAUGGUCACCAAGGUUGAAGAUGUGAAGGCAACCAUCAAGUUCCAGAUGAAGAAGGUGUUGUGUCUUGCUAUUGCUGUAGGCCAUGUUAACAUGACUCAGGAUGAGCUGUUUGCUAAUAUCAACAUGUCCAUCAACUUCCUCGUUUCUCUCCUGAAGAAGAACUGGCAGAACGUGCGUGCUCUGUACAUUAAGGGAACUAUGACACCCGCUGUCAGAAUCUACUAAGCACUAUAGACUGUUUACAAUAACACUGACAAUUUUCCAGUGUUCCAUCGAAGUCAUAAACCAGCGGUGGGGGAUGGACUUAAUUAAUUAUUGGUGUAUAAAACAAGAGCUGGCCAAUAAAUAGUGCAGUUGAUGCUAAUUAA